ACUGCUUCAUUAUAAUUAAUGUCUCCAGUUCCUCGUGCACCCGGAGGUCGCAAAUGGCUCCGUCCCGCGCUCACUGAACUCUGAAGAUCUGACACGAGAGGGAUCUCGUUGGCUUUUGCAAUCUGACAAGAUCUGUAAUACUUGGGUGAUGAAUCGUUCCAAACUUUUUUUGGGCGAUGCUGGCAGCUCUGGGGUGUGCGCAUGUGCGAAGGUGUCCAAACUGACAAUGCUGGAGAGAUAGUGCGUCUGGGAUUGAGAAUCACAGAGAAAAAGGACAGAGGAAAAAGGAGGAAAAGAUUUGAGAAAAAUCCGACAAACACACGCCGAAAGACGGGCAUCAUGAGGUCCAAAGGCAGGGCAAGGAAAUUGGCCACUGGUGGUGGGGAGGACUUUUCUCUUUUCGCCUCUGAUGACCUGGAAGAAGUUGUGCAAGUGUCUGAUGCAGAUCCAGUCACAUUGGCCAAUCCUAAUGACCUUCCUUCCCCUGGCCUAUCGAGUGAAGCGCUCUCCCCAAUUGACUCCUCCCCCUUCCACCCAUCUUUCCACACCUCAAUGUACUUGGCAGGGGAGGGGCUCGAAUCAGUGCCUCCAGACUUUGAAGUUCGAGAGUCGGGUCUUUCCAGAGGAAACCUGGGCGUCUGGAGCCGGAGAAGACUGGAGGUAGGAGAACGUCUUGGACCCUACGAGGGAGCAUCAAGACACAGCCCAGAAAAUGUGUCCCAAGCAUGGGAGAAGGAGCAGGCAGGUUUGGAUUGGCGCAUAUUUGAUAGCAGGAGCUGGCUAAGGCACGUCCAGAUCUCUCCAUCCACCCACAAACACAACCUCACAGCCUGCCAGAUACAUGAGCAGAUCUUUUACCGGGUGGUUCGAGAGGUUCAGCCGGGUGAAGAACUCUUACUGUUCAUGAAGGCUGAGGAGUUUUCACGUGAGACUAUGGCUCCAGACAUACACGAGGAGCAUCAGUAUCGUUGUGAAGAUUGUGAUCUGAACUUUGAGUCCGGUUCGGAGCUGUUGGACCAUCAGAAGCACGCAUGCGGUACACCGCCUUCCUCCGGCUUCAAGUUGUCCAAACAGGGUCUGCCCAACAUUGGGGAUGCCCCUGAUCAUGACACCCUGCAUCUACAUGCUCUCCCUAUGAACAUACCUCACUCUCCACAGGAGUGUAAGGAAUGUGAGCAGGUCUUUCCUGAUGCUCAGAGUCUGGACAUUCACUCUCUGUCUCACUCUGAUGAGCGGGAGUAUAAGUGUGAUCUGUGCCCAAAAGCCUUCAACUGGAAAUCAAACCUGAUUCGCCACCAGAUGUCACAUGACAGUGGCAAGCACUAUGAAUGUGAAAACUGCUCAAAGCAGGUGUUCACAGACCCCAGUAACUUACAGAGGCACAUUCGCUCUCAGCACGUGGGGGCACGAGCUCACGCCUGCCCCGAUUGUGGCAAGACCUUUGCCACCUCCUCGGGCCUUAAACAACACAAACACAUCCACUCCUCCGUCAAGCCCUUCAUAUGUAAGUCACUCAGACCCUUCAUAUGCGAGGUCUGCCACAAAUCGUACACACAAUUCUCAAAUCUAUGCCGCCACAAGCGUAUGCACGCGGACUGUCGCACUCAGAUCAAAUGUAAAGACUGCGGCCAGAUGUUCAGCACUACGUCCUCUCUAAACAAACAUCGGCGCUUCUGCGAGGGUAAAAACCAUUUCACAGCUGCCGCAGGAGGGUUAUUUGCCCAGGGCAUGGCCCUCCCUGGUACAACUGGCCUGGACAAGUCAACACUAGCUGGAAUGAGCCAUGGGAGUCCCGGUUUGGCAGACUAUUUUGGGACAAACAGGCACCAUGGUAGGUUGACAUUCCCAGCAGCACCUCCAGCAUUCCCGUUCAGUUUUUCAGGACUUUUCCCAUCAGGACUUUACCACCGCCCUCCUUUAAUCCCAUCCACAUCACCAAUUAAUGGCCCUCAAAGCACAGAACUUCGGAAGAGUCCUCUGCUGUCCUCACCCAUUCCUGGGUCACAUGACAUCUUGAAGAGUUUCUGUAAAGACUUGUUCAACGGGGAGGGAGAGGGUGUAGCGCAUCAGAGAGAAGGAUCUAUACCCAAGCCGAGGCACAGCGGGAAGAUGAGCGACCAAUCAGAGAGUAGUGACCUGGACGAUGUCAGCACUCCAAGCGGGAGUGAACUGGAAAGCACUUCCGGAUCAGAGAUGGACAGCGAAGCCGAGAGUGAUCGGGAACGGGUGCGAGUGCAGGAAAAUGGCAAAGGGCUGAAAAGUAAGUCUAGUGGGUUUAAUGAUGCCCAGAGCCCAACUCUUAUCAGUUCCAGUAGUAAUAGUAAUACUGUUAACGGAAAAGACUUCCCUACACUGGGUCUCAUCCAACCAUCUUUGGAUGAGCACACUGCUGUUUCUGGUGCAGUUAAUGACUCAAUCAAGGCCAUUGCUUCCAUUGCAGAGAAAUACUUUGGUUCUACUGGACUUGCAGGCCUGCAAGACAAAAAAGUUGGGACACUUCCAUAUCCUUCAAUGUUCCCUUUAUCUUUCUUUCCUGCCUUCUCUCCAUCCGUCUAUCCCUUUCCUGAAAGAGUGCAACUUAGACAUCCAGGGCACAAGGGGGAGCCAGAAAGCCCACCAGUUGAGGCUAAAAAACUUCAAGGCAGAAACGCUGAAUCACCUUUUGACCUCACCACCAUGAGAAAGGAAGAGCAUCUUGCUGCUACUUGUACCCCACUGAAACCGGAAGCUUCACAUUUAAAAUCAGCCAAUCAGGAUCAGCCAUUGGACCUGAGUCUUGGCGGGCGAAAUAGAGGCAAGUGUGCGAGAGGGGAGGAGUUAAAAAAGAACCCAGUCUUUGGCGAGGAGAGGAUAGAACCGGAGCCACCCAAGGCUGACCCCUCCCUCCAGCAUGCAAGACCCACCCCUUUCUUCAUGGAUCCCAUUUACAGCAGGGUUGAGAAGCGAAAGAUGAAUGAUCCCUUUGAAGUCCUUAAGGAUAAGUACAUGCGACCAGCUCCCGGAUUUUUGUUCCACCCACAGUUUCGCAUGCCUGAUCAUAGAACAUGGAUGUCAGCGAUUGAGAACAUGGCCGAGAAGCUAGAAUCUUUUGGGUCUUUGAAGGCAGACAGCGGUGACAUCAUGCGUUCCGUUCCCUCAAUGUUCGACUUCCGUGCUCCGCCCGCCACUCUUCCUGAGACACUGUUACGCAAGGGCAAAGAACGCUACACCUGCAGAUACUGUGGCAAGAUAUUCCCACGCUCAGCCAACCUUACAAGACAUCUACGGACACACACAGGAGAGCAGCCUUACAGAUGUAAGUACUGCGAUCGUUCAUUCAGUAUUUCAUCAAAUCUUCAGCGUCACAUCCGUAACAUCCAUAACAAAGAGAAACCUUUCAAAUGCCACCUCUGUGAUCGCUGCUUUGGCCAACAAACCAACCUGGACCGCCACCUCAAAAAACAUGAGAAUGGUAAUAUAUCAGGAACAGCAAUGUCAUCACCUCGAUCAGAGCUGGACAGUGGCAUUGCCAUCCUAGAGGACAAGGAGGAUUCGUAUUUUAAUGAAAUACGAAAUUUCAUCAGCAACACUGCACGGAACACCACGUCUCCGUCGCACUCGGAGGAAGGGUUGAAUGGCAGUCAUUUUGAUGGCGACAAGGCCCUGCCUGGUCAGGGGUCGCAAGACCUGGAUGAAGAGGAAGGGGAGGAGCUUGGAGGAGAGGAAGAAGAGGCAGAACACAGCGACAGUGUCAAAAAACCCAGCGAUGAGGGUGUGUCUAGCAGUCUAGACCAUGACAUCAUAAACAAUGACAUUGAUUUUGAGGGACCAGAUGAUCUGGAGAUAAAUAGCAAAUCUUCACCACAAAGGUUUAAUGAAGAUGAGGAUGAUGAAGAUCAAAGCAGUUUCUCCACGCUGGAUCACAUCCGCCACUUUAGUAUGGAGGAUGGGGACCUCAGCGAUGGUGAUGUCGCCAGUUUUGGCCCCGCCCACCUUCAAGAAGGAAUUAAGCAGCCGCUGUACAGGAAGUCUAAGUCACAGGCAUAUGCAAUGAUGUUGUCUCUAGCUGAUAAGGAUCCACUCCACUCGUCUACCCAUAAUUCCUCGAUGUGGCACAGUUUGGCCCACACUGCGGAACCCAGUGCCAUUCAGUCUCUCAGUCACGUAUGACACCCCAAUGUGCCAUGUGACCUAACUUAACAACAGUGUGAUGUUACACUACAGCCGGAGUCUCUGGUUCUCACACAUACAGAACACACACUUGCACAAGUGCCCAAAUCCUCAUCAACACCCAUAUGCACCUUGUGCAUACCUGUACACUAUCCCAUACACAAACAAAUUGUUGAACAACUGUUUGAUUGACAUAUUGAUUGAUUGACAUAUUGAUUGAUUGAUUGAUUGAUUGAUUGAUUGAUUGAUUGAUUGAUUGAUUGAUUGAGUACAGUCAGUAGCAAUGACAGUAGUUUUGGUUAUUUUGAUGGUGAUGAUGAGGAUGAUGACAAUAUUAGUAAUGCAUAAUAAUAAUAAUAAUUGUAUUUAUUCUGUCAAGUUUCAAUGUUUGCACAGCAGUUGCAGCUGUUGAACAGUUUUUAUGAUUGCUAUUGAAACGUUGGUGUCAUGUUGUGAGUUUUGUCCACUUAAACAGAAGGUUACUAAGAGUAACAGCUGAUAGUCUUCCACCAGACAAAUGUGAUUCCAGACUAUUUAGGCACAAAAGCCUAUCGGCCUGUAAAUAUAUUAGGAUUAACAAUGUCACACACAUAAACACACACACACACAAAACACAAAUACAAAAAUUUGUUUUUCAAGCAUUUUAACACUUUCUUUAAGGUCUUGUAAAAAUAAACGUGCAAGUUUACAAACUUUUGGUGGGUGGGUGGGUGGGAGGCAGAGGGGAUAGCGGUUUUCUUUUAAGAUAUUAUCAAGGAGUUUGUGAAUUUAAAACUUAAACACAAAAAAAGGUGUGACCUUGAGACCUAACUGACGCUGGUUUUUAAAAAGGUGUAAGGAGCGAGACAUCGAGUUCUGUCCAAUAAAAGCACUGCAUUUCCUUCAUCCCACUUUCCCGCCAGUUUAUGCGAACAUUUUUUUGAGGAUGAGCGCCGCGGUUGUAAAAAAAUAAAUAAAUAAAAACCAAGGCUAGGGAAAUCUUUUUUAUGUUUUCUAUUCUAAACUGAGAAAAUAAACAAGUAGAAGAACUGUACAAUUUGUGAGAAGGGCAUUCUAUCGUUUCCACUGCAACCCUUUCCAUUAGUUGGCGAACGAUACCACUAAAUAGCCUGAAUGCUAGUCUUUAGCUACACCAUCCCACCGUCGCGUGUCUUUCAUAUAUAGACAAUCAUGGGUUCCUUGUGUUUUUGUUUUGUUUUUUCUCUCCCUUGUCGUUUGUUUUCUGUCUUUAUUUUUUUGGUUGAUGUCGUCAAUGUUAUUGCUGUGUAUCAUGAAAGUUGUAUUUAUUUCUCUGCAAACUGUAGUUUGUUUACUGAAUAGCACUGCUCUCAAGCAUCCUCUUGUGGUGAAAUGAAGAAUUUCUCACAGAAAUUUCGGGGAAGAGACUCCACGCUCUACUGGGGUUUGUGGAAAAUGUCUGAAUGCCAGAUAGUAUUAAACAAACCAUCACAGCUUAUACUUCUAAUAAAAUUGGUAAAUGAUAUAGAUAUUACUUAGUAUUUUUUUUGUAUGACCAUUUAUUGAUCAACUGUAAAAUAUAUACAUAAAAAUUAGAAAAUAGAAGAAAAAAAAGGAAAGAAUAAAACAGUUGAUAUUAUUUCUUCAUAAAAACGCAUGAUUGGUCCAAGCUGUAAAUUACAUUUUUUAUGGUUGUCUGCAAGAUUGUGUGAUGUUUCGGUCCAUUUUGAUUUCUUGUGCCAAACCUAUGACAGUUGCCAGAUUUUGUUUACCCUCACGAGGUGAAGGACCAGAUCUUUCCUAUUUCACUUUGUUGUUUUUUAUUUUGUUGAUGUUUAUAAUCCCAUUUUUAAAAGUAAUCAGUGAGUUGAGGUACUUCUGUUUUAAUGCUUUUUACAAUGUAACUGUAUUGCAUUAUAAUUCAAUACUGUUGGAGGAGUUACUGACAAAUAAAGAACUCCUGUGUGGGCGGACU